AUGAUAGAAACGGUUUUAGUCGCAGGGCAGUUGUUUUCUAGUAAUUUACAAUUCUCACUGCAGCAGGAUGGAGCGAUCUCAGUGAGCCAGCUGACCGAAUGGUUGAGGGAGAAGAAUCUUGUUGAAAUAUUGGUUCGCGAUAAUUUGCAUCAUCCCGCAUAUUGUGAAAGUAAUUUACAUUUCUCACUGCAGCAGGAUGGAGCGAUCUCGGUGAGCCAGCUGACCGAAUGGUUGAGGGAGAAGAAUCUCGUUGAAAUAUUGGUUCGCGAUAAUUUGCAUCAUCCAGCAUAUUGUGAAAGGUUGGAGAGGAUUUUCCGAAUUCUGUUGGAAAAGAAUGCCAUAACGCUGGACGAUAUGGACACGUUGUGGAAUGCGCAGCAUGGGAAGCACGAUGUUAUUCAACGAGAUGUGCAUGAUCUGAUUGCGAAAUUGGUGAAUGUUUUCAACAUCGAAAUGCAGGAUCAUCUGUUCGAACGAAUGAAGGAAAGUUGGCGGAUGUCGUCGUCACGCGAACGAACGCUUCUGCUCGACCUGAUACGUCGAAUUGGCAGCCUCACGUUGAAGUCUCUGUCGCUGUUGUGGGAUCUGUUCCGUGAUGAUCGAUUACCGGUGGAGAUGGUUGAUGCAGCACUGGACGCACAUUUCAGUGUGCUGGAGAAUGCGGUACCGGCAGAAGAGGUGCGACGCCACUACAUCGAACGUUGCAUCGAUGAAUUGCUCAUUGAUUCAGUGUUUGUACUACCAACACUGAAGCAUAUGCAACGAUUGAUGAUGUUGGUGCCUGAAAACGAUUUUUGCUAUGGCAAAAGGAUGACACGAGCAGAGUUCAUUUCAACGAUACAGCAAGAUACGGCGCUCUGCUCAAGGCUUUCAGAGAAUGUUUCGCUGUAUAUGGACAAAGUUCGAAAUACUGUGUCGAACCGAUCUCAGCCUUGUAAUGAAGCUGAUCCGGGCUCCAUGGUGUUUGAUGGCCGUUACACGCAUUGCGAUAAUUUACGUGUCCGCUUGAGUUUCCUUCAUUUCUUGCUCACCGAUGGACAGUUAUGGCUGAUGACACCUCAGGCGAACGAAGUGUGGGAUGCGCUGGUUGUUCGAUCGGUAUUUGAAUAUGAACGAACAUUUGGCUUCCAGCUGUUCGCCACAAUGCAGGAUCACGAUGACAUUGAUCCGAAAGCGCUCGAUUCGUUCUUUCGCUCACGAAUACUACAGCUGCCAGUCGAGCUGCUAAACGAAGAGGGAUUUUCCUGUUUCAAAAUUUUCUGGAUUGCUGUGAACAAGAAGUGUAAAAAAUUGCAUCAACCUACAGAAGGAAUCCCUCACUAUUUGUUGAACGAUUUUGAACUGGAAGGCAUGGACUAUCUGUGGGAGAUAAUGCUGCAAGCGCGAAAUACGGUGGCACGGCUGGCUACACUGCUGUGGGUGGAUGUUUUAUCAAAUCCUCACACCGAAGUGAUCUCGGAUCUCGCUCAGCUGAUCCAAAUGGUUGUUAAUAAAUGCUUUACAGUGUUAAAAUCAAAUCACGACGAGCUCAUCAAUGGCGAACGAGAUGAUGCGGAAAAAGAUAAAAUCAUCAAACGCAUGAGCAGAGUUUUAGUUGCACUGCAUUGUUAUAUUUGUGCAUUCGACGAAGACUGCUUCCUGCCGGACAGGAAACGACAACCGCUUCGUAAAGCGUGCCUCGGGCGAUGCUUCUUAGUGCCAAUUAUUUUGUCAGAUCGGAAAUGUCAGUUAAGUGGCUUCGAUCUGAGC